GAUCAUCCCUCUGCAUUGCAAAUUUUACUUUUAAUUUUACUUUACAAGAAAAUAUGGAAGAGUCACUGAAAGGUUACAACAUUCACUGCUGCACACUACGGUUGGAUAAAUGCUCAUGUGGGAAUUUUUUUUUCUAUUGCAGCUCCAUCCUUGCUGAAACGUUUUCGAAAAUGGGCCAGGACUGCCGGAAAAGGGAGCCAAUAACUUACUCUUCUUUAAUUUAACAGAGACAUAGAUUUAAGAAGAACACUGCAAAAAAGAAGCCUUAUGUAUGUUCUCUUCUUCCUGUGCAGUAUAAUCCCAAAGGAACUUUAGAAAGGAAGGAAUGGCAUGUGUUUUGACUUGACCCAUGCACAGUGUGUAGACAAUUCCCAAGUGGCUAACAUUUUUCAAAUGUGCACACAAUGUGUUCAAGAUGAAAGCUUUUGAGACAAUUUAAGGACUGUUUUAACUUUGUACAACCAGGCUAAAAAGAAAAAAUGGUAUGGAAGUGGUAAAACCAGUUUUUGACUGCUUAUAUGGAGCUGCAAAAGCUAUGUAUCUAUGCAUCUUUCCUGUUCAAAUGUCUGAUACAAAGACGUGGACCCACACACCACUGUAAACAUCACUAUACUAUACUACACAGUGAGGUGAAAAAAGCUGAUUCUAAUGUCUAGAUGAAUUAACUGAACAUGUGUGCUAUGUCAAAAUAGGGGACUAAAGGGUAAAAGCCCUGGAAAUCUGAAAGGACAGGGAUGGGCUGGACUUUCACGUCACAUCUGGAACUGAGCCUACAAUUACAAUGGAGGCAGUGUUGUGCAACUAUAAGCGAAGCUGGUCAGGAACAAAAUUACAAUCAGAGAGGAGAUAAGUGGAGAAAAUAGCUGCAAUCACCAUGUCGCUUGAUCCGGAGAAGGCAGCUGUGCCUUCUCGUCCAGAACUGCUUGAUUUCCAUGGAGUCUCAAUGACCCACUAUUUCACCGACAACUGGGAGAACAUUCAAAACUUCCAGGCCAGACCAGAUGAUGUACUGAUUGCAACAUACCCAAAAGCAGGAACAACCUGGGUCUCCUAUAUCCUUGAUCUGCUCUAUUUUGGUAAGACAGCUCCAGAGCGUCAGACGUCCAUCCCUAUCUAUCAAAGAGUGCCUUUCUUGGAGAUUGCCAUCCCGUCUAUUGAGCCAGGAAAAGACCUGGCAGACAAGCUCCCUACCUCCCCUCGACUCAUUAAAACUCAUUUUCCAGUCCAGUUUGUGCCAAAGUCCUUUUGGGAGCAAAACUGCAGGAUGAUCUAUGUCGCCCGCAAUGCCAAAGACAACAUUGUGUCUUUUUUCCACUUUGAUCAAAUGACAAUGAUCCAGCCAGAGGCUGGAGACUGGACCAGCUACCUCCAGAGAUUCAAGGAAGGAAAGUUGGUGUUUGGAUCCUGGUAUGAUCACGUGAAUGACUGGUGGAAGAAGAAACAGACUUAUUCAAACCUCCAUUACAUGUUCUUCGAAGAUCUGGUUGAGGAUACUGGACGAGAAAUAGACAAACUCUGCUGCUUUCUUGGUUUGUCUCUGUCAGCUGAGGACAAAAAACAAAUUACAGGUGGAGUUCAGUUUGAUAACAUGAAGAAGAACAAAAUGACCAACUAUUCUACAUUCCCAGCCAUGGAUUUCAAAAUUUCCACCUUCAUGAGGAAAGGGAAGGUCGGUGACUGGAAAAACCAUUUCACUGUGGCCCAGAGUGAAGAGUUUGAUGAUGACUACAAGAAGAAGAUGAAGGACCCCACACUUAAUUUCCGCUCUGAAAUAUGAACAGCACAGGCCAGGCUGGGCAUAUAUGUGAAGUGCAGUGUAGUGAAGUGUGUACUAUCACCUCAGAUGUGACAGCAGAGAAGUGGAGUGUGUGUUCUUGCUAAUUGUAUCUGAAUUAAGGCUGUUAACUACAUUUUAUGAAGCUAACAUGAAAUCAAAUGACUUGCAUUGUCUGAAGGUAAAUGUUUCCAUCAGGAGUAUGUAUGUACGUAGAAAACACAAAAAUCAACCGAUGAUGGAAUAAACCAAAUAAUUCUCAAAUAAAGGAAACAUGUAGGCCUUGAGUUAAUAUUUAACCCACUAUUGAUCCAAUGUCUAUUAGACUGACCCUUCACAAGAAUUAAAGGUUAAUGUGUAAUGAAAGAGCAUGUUGUGUAUGACUGCACACUGAUUAGCCUGAUCAGUA